AUGCUAAACCUCUCAUUAUCCAAUUACGAAAACGCCUCCCUCUCCUCAUGCCUACUCUCCCCGCCCCUACUCUCCCCGUCCCUACUCUCUCCGUCCCUACUCUCUCCGUCCCUACUCUCCUCGUUCCUACUCUUCCCGUCCCUAUACUCCCCGUCCCUACUCUCCCCGUCCCUACUCUCCCCGUCCCUCCUCUCCCUGUCCCUACUCUCCCCGUCCCUAUUCUCUUCUUCCCGUCCCUACUUUCCCCGUCCCUAUUCUCCCUGUCCCUACGCUUUCCGUCCCAACUCUCCCCGUCCCUUCUCUCAACGUCACUUCUCCCCCGUCCCUACUCUCCCCGUCCCUUCUCUCCCCGUCCCUACUCUCCCCGUCCCUAACCUCUCCGUCCCUACUCUCACCGUCCCUAAUCUCCCCGUCCCAACUGUCCCCGUCCCUUCUCUCCCCGUCCCUUCUCUCCCCGUCCCUACUCUCCCCGUCCCUACUCUCCCCGUCCCUACUCUCUCCGUCCCUACUCUCCCCGUCCCUACUCUCCCCGUCCCUACUCUCCCCGUCCCUAUUCUCUUCUCCCCGUCCCUACUCUCUCCGUCCCUACUCUCCCCGUCCCUACUCUCCCCGUACCUACUCUCGUCGUGCAUACUUCCAUCCACCUCGCGUCACGCCGUGCCACCGUCCCGCGAAACCCUCCACCAGUGGUGGGGCCGCCACGGUGCUCGCGCGAGAAUGCGCGUAUCUCACCCGCCUCGUCACACGCGCACCUGCCGCUUCAGUUCCGCCCAGGCGGCUGCAGGCGCGCCUGGCGGAAGGGCGGUGGGCGCACGCCAGGCGAGGCGAGCAGCACCCGACGAGCACCGCGCGACGCCGCUGCCACCGUGA